UCUAUAUUUUGUUUUCAAAUAAGUAUCUUUUGUAUUCAUAACUUAGCGUUUCGAUUUCAAGCAAUUGAUUUUCUGUUUGUUGAGCACUAAACUACUUCUUUCUCUGUUUUAACUUUUGUGAUAUAGUCGACUCGAGACGGGAUUUGAGAAGAAAUAAAAAAGACUACUUUUGUAUAUGUGACAAGUCCUUCCCAAAUUAAAGUAAAACUAUUGCCAAAUGUAGAAAUGAGUUAUUCUUUUUUAAACAACGGAGGUUAUAGCUUACAAAUUUCGUAUGUGGGUGAGAUUAUUGGAAGAUUUGAGAAGAAGGGUUUCUAUUUGAAAGGGUUGAAGUUUAUGACCGUGGAUCGUGCUUUUGCUGAAAAGCACUACGCAGACUUGUCUGCAAAGCCUUUCUUCAAUGGGCUUGUCGAUUACAUUGUGUCUGGCCCCGUUGUGGCAAUGAUCUGGGAGGGUAAGGGCGUAGUUUCAACUGGCAGGAAGCUCAUUGGAGCAACAAACCCCUUGGAGUCUGCUCCUGGAACCAUUCGUGGUGAUUACGCCAUUGACAUUGGAAGGAAUGUUAUUCAUGGAAGUGAUUCAGUUGAUAGUGCACAGAAGGAAAAAGAUCUUUGGUUCCCUGAAGGUAUUAAUUGGUGGCGUCCCAGCCAACACUCUUGGAUCUAUGAGUAAAAAGUUUUAUGACUACAACUAUAACUCUAUUGAUGGCUUCUGAGUGUCUGUUGUACUUGUAGCGUAUGGAUUUUGAUGACUGUGAAGUGAGUGUAGUAAGUUUUGGUGUUUCAGAUUUUGUACUUUAAUUCCGUGUCAAGGAGACUAAUUAUGUCUAAUUCUUCAAGUUUAUCAUCUAUAACUUCACAGUUGUCGCUUGGAGUGUAUUGCUGCGGAUUGUUAUGAAUGUCGAAGACCCUAAUGUGGCUCUGUUUAUUUGUUUA